UGCUAUCCUGGUGAAGACCCUGAAUACUGCUCCUGAGGGGUCCUGGACUCCUUCUCCUGCCUCAGCUACCUUGGUGAAGACCCUGAAAGCUGCUCCUGAGGGGUCCCGGGCUACCUGGGCUCCUACUCCUGCCUCAGCUACCCUGGUGAAGACCCUAAAAGCUGCUCCUGAGGGGACAAGACAUGACCCAAGUCAGAAGCCGGGGGGAGCGCCAGCCCUCUGCCUGGACUGUGUUGUGUGCGUGAAACCGAUUUCAUAGCGUUCUUCUUUCCUACCCAGCACUGCAAGCGUUAACCCGGAGGCUGUCACUGUGUGGGCUUCCCUCAAGCAGUACAGAGAGCAGGAUGCCAGUGCUGGAUCGAUGCUACACGACGGCAGAGAGCUGGAGGACAGGUGAGGUGCUGCUGCCAACCUACAUGGGUAGCCUGCCCACCUACCACUCCGGGAGUCUGGGCUGUGAGCUGCCAGAGAUCAUAGAGAUGGUGAAACUGCUAUGGAAGUCUAAGAAUGGUAUCCACAGUGUGAAACAGAGGGGGCUGCUGGCUAAUGAAGAUGUCCUGGGGGCACUACCAGGAGAUGCUCGAGUGAGAGGUCCAGCAGGGGUUCUCUCGGAACGCCGUGGCUCAUACCCUUUCAUUGACUACCGACUCCUGAACAAUACAGCACACUCAGAAGAAAUUGGCACAAAGAAAAAAGUAAAGAGACUCUUGAGCUUUCAGAGAUAUUUUCAUGCAUCAAGGCUUCUGCGUGGAAUUGUGCCACAAGCUUCACUGCACUUACUGGAUGAAGACUAUCUUGGCCAGGCACGGCAUAUGUUAUCUAAAGUGGGGAUGUGGAAUUUUGACAUUUUCCUCUUUGACCGUCUGACAAAUGGUAACAGCCUUGUAACACUAUUGUGUCAUCUCUUCAACGUCCACGGACUUAUCCAUCACUUUCAGCUUGACAUGGUGAAAUUGCAUAGGUUUCUAGUCAUGGUUCAGGAAGACUACCAUAGUCAAAACCCAUAUCACAAUGCUGUCCAUGCUGCAGAUGUCACACAAGCUAUGCACUGCUAUUUAAAAGAGCCAAAGCUUGCAAGCUACCUAACUCCUCUGGAUAUAAUGCUCGGGCUAUUGGCAGCAGCUGCACAUGAUGUGGAUCAUCCAGGAGUAAACCAACCAUUUUUGAUAAAAACUAAGCACCAUCUUGCCAGCCUGUACCAGAAUACAUCUGUUUUAGAGAACCAUCACUGGAGGUCCACGGUUGGCAUGCUAAGAGAAUCAAGGUUAUUUGCACAUUUGUCAAAGGAAAUUACGCUGGAUAUUGAACAGCAGUUGGGUUCUUUAAUAUUAUCAACAGACAUCAAUCGCCAGAAUGAGUUUCUAAGCCGUUUUAAAGAUCACCUUAACAACAAGGAUCUCAUCUUGACAGAUUCGGACCACAGGCAUUUUAUGUUACAGAUCGCCCUGAAGUGUGCUGACAUCUGCAAUCCAUGCCGUGUGUGGGAGCUGAGCAAGCAGUGGAGUGAGAGAGUCUGUGAAGAAUUCUACAGACAAGGGGACCUUGAAAGAAAGUUCGGCCUAGAAAUAAGCCCACUUUGCAAUCAACAAAAGGACUCAAUACCCAGUAUACAAGUUGGCUUCAUAACCUACAUUGCGGAGCCACUGUUUGUGGAGUGGGCAAGAUUUACUGGAGACACUCCUCUAUCUGUAAAUAUGCUAAAUCACCUCAGGAAGAAUAAGUCCAAGUGGAGAGCUCUUUUACAUAAGCAGCACAGCAAGAGCAAUGACUGUUUAGGGCCUGUAACUGAAGGCAAAGACAGCCAAAAGAUCAGUGAAGGUGGCGCCCCCUAGAGACCAGAUCUUCUUCUAUCAUUGCUGCCUUUUUCGUAGCUGCUUUCAAUGAAGAGGGAUUCAUAUCAACCUCAGGUGGGCUGUUGUCACUUUCUACAACAGGUCUAAGAGAGUUCAGAAGGAAGCAGAGUAUAGUAAUCGGGUAACACUGGUUACCUACUGCCCAGUCUGAUAUGUCUGUUAUAUCAGGCUUUCCAGCAAUUCUCACCUAUCUCUGGGCAAGAUCAGCACUUUCUUUUUCAGUGAUCAGACUGUCUAACUAGACUCGAGGAUGCAGAACUAGGUGGAUUCUCCUAAAUGAACCUUCCAGUUACAGGAUGCCACAUGCAGACUAAUGUAGCAGCAUAUAGCACUUUUGUACUGUGUUUCAAGCUUAAUGCAAGCUACCCCCAAGCUACUGAGUGACAUCCAACCAUCACUAAAUCAAAUACAAAAUACUGAACAAAACCACAGCAAAAUGGGGAUAAACACCAGCAUCAACUGGACUCAGAAGAAAGCUAUCUGACAAGACAACUUUAUAUUAUUAUUAUUAUUAUUAUUAUGUAAAGUAACACAAGCAAGAUAUUAUUUUUAUUUUUACUUUUUAUAUGGUCUAGAUCAGAACAAAAGAAGCACUACCCACACUACCCUGCAAAUGUACAGACACUUUUGUACACCACUUUGGAUGUAACCAUGGCCUCUCAGUAAAAUAUAGUAUAUAAACUGUUAGCCGGACUUGUUUGGCUCCAUACAGCUCAUUUGAUCACAAAGGGUUUAUAGAGACAGCAGAUUUAUUUUUGCAUCUGCUCUAUUUUCUGUAUCUGCUCUAUUUUCUACAUAGAUACAUAUAUAUAUAUAUAUAUAUAUAAAUAUAUAUAUAUAUAUAUAUAUAUACACACACAUAUAUAUAUUAUAUGUAUACACAGAGCUACUGAUCCCCAUGCCAAAAUACUGACAAGUUGUAAAAUUGCUACCUGUACAGAUAUUGGCACUGUGAACAGAAAAAAACUGUUACUUUUAAGACAAAAUAUAUAUAUUAUAGCAUUUGUAAAUAUGGUAUAUAGAUUAUUUCUAAUAGAGCGCUCACUUGCAGAUAAAGGCCUUAAAUUUUAACUUGUUACGCUUCAGUCCUUGUAUUAUCCAUGUAAUUCACUAAUGCCAAUGGUCAAACGUCAGUGGUUUCCAUAUGGAUAGUCACUAUAUGAGCUCAAACACUAGAGCUUAUUAACUAAUAUUGCUUUGUGCACGAUGAACACCAUCAUCACAGUCCGCCAGCAUAUAGACUGUAAGGUAACCUAUGAAGUUAGGGGUGUGAUUGAUUGAAGCGGGGUGCCAACAUUGUAUCAUUAGGUGAUGAUAGUAAACAAGCUAAAGUCUUGAUCUUUAACAGUCAAUGCACAAGAAUAGACUAUAUACUAAAAGUGAAUAGAUCUCAAUAAUACAUUUAGCUGCAGUUGUCCUUCUAAUAUGGUAUUGCACAGUAGCCACACAGAUUUUGAAAAUCAUCAAUGCAUUGCAGUAACUGUACAUUGAAAACAAAGGUGGCAUUGUAUUUAAUACCUUACAUUUUUAAUGUUACAAAAAAAAAUAUUAGGGCAGAAUUAUCGAAAAAGUUAAACUGAUCAGGGUUUUAUCCAUUUAAUGACAUUUAAAAUAGAUCUAAAUAAAUAGUGCACUUUAAGCUACAGCAUUUUUGCUAGUUAAAACAUACAUAAAAAUUCUGCAUUGCAAAAUGCUGGUUUAAAGAUGUACUGUGUACCCCAAUAUUUUUUUGGCACCAUGAAGUUUUUAGAAGACAAAGUAAGUGCACUCUGCAGCUUAGAUCUACAUAUUGACCAUCUAUAAAAAGAGAGUGCAGAAGAUGAGGUGGCUGCAUGUAUGGAAACUUUGUUGACAAAUCCCAGUAGGCCGUGCACCUAGUGGAGGUCACUUUUGAGGCAAUUCAGCUUCUCCAUCAAUUAUAGAAGAGCCAUUUUAGGGAAGAGAAACUAAAAUACCAAUAUUAUAUAUUUAUUGUUUUUAAUGCUGAAACAAAAUUAAGAUAAUAAAUCAAGAGCAUAAAGAGUCUUCAAAUAUGCACUUUAUAUUAAGCUAGAUUUGUUAAAGAAAAAUGUUACUCCCUACAUGUGCAUACAGCUUAUAUGUUUUAUAAAUACAAGUCAUACUCCCUGUCACCUCUAUUAUUUGAUUUGCAGUCUUUAAUAUAUGUAUAUGGUUUGUUAGGAAUACGUUAUUGAUGGUCGACUGUGUGAUUUGCUCGUUCUACGCCAAAAAUGAAUAAAGAUAAAAAGAGGAACAUUGUAUGUUAAGUUGAAAGUGAAGCUUCAUUCAGCAUUUAUUCUUUAUUCCUUCUAAAGAUAAGAUUUGUAUGGGUAAUGUUGACUUGCAGCAUUUAGAUUAAUGUCAGGUGAUGCCACCUUCAUUCACUUAUGCACUGUCUAUGGAAUCGGUAACCAACUACAGUGCAUAGGACUUCUUUCUGGAGAUUAGAUACUGUGGAGAGGGGAUAUGUUUUAAGGGCUGGAAUACCCCUUUAACCUGGCCAUACAGAUAGGAUUUUUCCCGAUCUCACGUACACAUACACGCUCAGCCAAGUCUCAAUGUCUUCUGGCAGGGGAUUAUAUCCCGAGUACAAAAUGACCAAGCAGUUGAAAUCCAACAUGCCGAAUCCUUUUCUCCCUUCCGUUAUCAUGUGUCGAGGAAGAGUCAGGAUGGCACCAUACACAUUAUGUGAACGGCUGGUUCCACAGAAGUAUGUGGGUUUGGCCAGCUUAAAGGGGUACUCCGGCCCUAGACAUCUUAUCCCCUAUCCAAAGGAUAAUAUGUCUGAUCACGGGGAUCCCUCCACUGGGGACCUCCGCAAUCUCUCCUGCAGCACCCACUUAUCAGCUUCACGGAGCGAUGACUCACGAUACCGGGGACGGAGUAUCGUGACAUCAUGGCUAUGCCCCUUCAACCACCACGCCCCCUCCUAUAGACUUGCAUUGAGGGGGUGGGGUGUGACAUUACGGAGCCAUGACGUUACGAUACUUCGGCCCCUGUAUCGUGAGUUAUCAGACACGGAACAAUCUUCGCUCCAUGAGCCUGAUGAUAAGUGGGUGCUGCAGGAGAGAUUGCGGAUGUCCCCAGCAGCGGGACCCCCACGAUCAGACAUCUUAUCCCCUAUCCUUUGGAUAGGGGAUAAGUUGUCUAGGGCCAGAGUACCCCUUUGUGAAUCAAUCAUUUUCCAUUUUGAAUUGAAUCUUAGAUACUGAUUUGACAAUGAUAGUCUCACUAAAAAUAUCACAGGGAAAAAUGUAUCAAAAACAUGGAAAAUACAUGCUGUGUGAACAGAGCCUAAUAAGUGUAAUGAAAGUAAUAUGCUUCAGCCUAGCUUUACUUUUGAAACCACUUUAACUGUUACCUGAUAAUAAAAUACAUUACAACAUGCUACUGUAAAUUGU